AUGGACGGCCCCGGAUAUACCUCUGCGUCGUCUGCGUCUGCCCAUACCGCAACUUCACAUCGUCGCAAACUUAUCAAGAAACAUCCAACCCACGCCUCCGCUCGCUCCUCGUCUGGCUUCGAUGGUGGUGCCUUCGACGCCCAGUCCCUUGAGAGCAAACGCAGUUCCCAGAGCCUGAAACGAGCCCCCAGUGCUCCCCCAGCCCGCUCCAACCCCGCGACUGUGGCCGACUGGCAAGACUCUGAUCGAUCUCGUCCUCAAUUAUCCGCCAACAACACCCUUAGACCCGUUCCAUCGCCUAUCUCACCUCAGGGCGAUUUUAUCCCCGCUAAUCAUUGGGCUCCUGUCCCUCGUCACUCCGAUCGUCUUUCCGAUUCUCACCUUCGUCCUCUCAGCAAGAACAACGCUGUGCAAGACGACUUGAUCGGCGCUCCGUUUGACGGUGCCGCCAUUCUUAACCGCAUCCAAUCGAUAAAGAUCACUAGUCCGAAAGCUCCUGCUCGGCACUUUCCACCUCAAAUCGUCAAGUCGCCUACCGACUCUAGGCUUGCGACUCCUGCCCUCAGAACUUCAACGAGUUUCUCUGCGAUGGAUUCGUCCCUGAAUGAGAAGGGCCUCGGCCCAAGGGUUACGACUGAUGGUCCUUCCGGCAAUCCUAAACGAUAUUCUGAUGACGGUAGGGACUUUAAACCUAGCGUUCUGCGCAAGAAGUCGGGAUUUUCCGGUUUUAUGAACAGUUUGGUCGGAUCACCUAAGAAACCUGUUAUCUCUGCGCCCGAAAACCCAGUUCAUGUCACUCACGUCGGCUACGACAGCUCUACCGGGCAGUUCACAGGUUUGCCAAAAGAAUGGCAACGGCUUAUCAACGAAAGUGGAAUUCCUGAAAAGGAAAGACGAGAGAACCCGCAAACCAUGGUUGAUAUUUUGCAGUUCUACAAGGAGACCACGGAGAGACCCCCAGAGGACCAAGUCCUUGAAAAGUUCCACCAUGCUGGCCAAUAUGCCACCUCUCCGGCAGGCGGAGCAUCACCGGGCAUGUACCCGUCAAGCUAUAUGGGUAUGUCACCAAAUAAUAUUUCACCUACGAACGCCAGGUUUCCAACUGUCAAUAAUGAAGGAAGUUUUGAGAAUCCCCGAGCACCGCCACCUGUUCCACGAGGCCAGGUUGGUAAGGACCUGAUGCCCAGCCGCCCGGCACCGAAGCCACCCGUCAGCAUGGGCAAUCGACAUAUGCCUCAAGGCGCUUACACGACCAAAGACUCUGGCAUCGGUAUGUCACAGUCCGGCGACGAGUCUUACGGCAUGUCCAAGGAUGCUGGUCCUAUGCUCCCCGAAGAGCACCGGUCGAGAUCCAACUCACGCGUGGCUGUACCAACGUACGCCCCUACCGCCCCGCAGCCCAACCCGCAACUCGCCCAGGCGCAGGCCGCCGCCUAUCAACAACAGCUCAUGCAACAGCAGCAGGAGCAAGCCAUGGCUCAGGCCCAAGCCGCCAUGUCUGGUGGAAUUGGACGUGCCCCGAGCAAAAGAACUCAGCAGCACCCGAACCCGAACAUGCAGCCCGCUGCUGGAUAUGGCCGUGCCCCGGAGGCCAAUGGUAUGCACAAUGCCCCUCGCCAGCAGGCCCCCGGAGCAGCUGUACCAGGAGCCAGGCCACGACACCGAGCCCGUCAAAGCGCAGCCAUCGAUAUUGUCGCUUCCCUCAAGCGCAUUUGUAGCGAAGGUGAUCCCCGGGACAUUUACCGUGGAUUUAACAAGAUUGGUCAGGGUGCUUCCGGAGGCGUUUUUACUGGCCAUGAGCGUGGCACGAACCGACUAGUAGCUAUCAAGCAGAUGAACCUCGAACAGCAACCUAAGAAGGACCUGAUUAUCAACGAGAUUCUUGUGAUGAAGGAUAGCUCGCACCCCAACAUAGUCAACUUUAUCGACAGCUACUUAUGCGGCGGCGAGUUGUGGGUCGUCAUGGAGUUUAUGGAAGGAGGCAGCCUUACGGAUGUUGUCACCUUUAACAUCAUGUCCGAGGGCCAGAUUGCCUCAGUGUGUCGCGAAACGCUUCUUGGUCUGCAGCACUUGCACUCCAAAGGUGUCAUUCACAGAGACAUCAAGUCGGACAACAUUUUGCUAUCUAUGGAAGGCAAGAUCAAGUUGACCGAUUUCGGAUUCUGUGCAACUAUCAACGAAGCCCAGAACAAGCGAACGACCAUGGUGGGAACACCAUACUGGAUGGCGCCUGAAGUAGUCACUAGGAAAGAGUACGGACGCAAGGUCGAUAUUUGGUCUCUGGGUAUCAUGGCGAUCGAAAUGAUAGAAGGCGAGCCGCCAUACCUGACCGAAUCUCCUUUGCGAGCUCUGUGGCUGAUUGCCACCAACGGCACACCUCAUAUUAAGAACGAGCAGGAUCUAUCGCCGGUGUUCAAGGACUUCUUGUACUUCGCACUCAAGGUGGAUCCCGAGAAGCGAGCCAGUGCUCAUGAUCUCCUGAGGCACGAGUUUAUGAAACAGUGCGUUGAUCUGCUUCAACUUUCGCCUUUGGUGCGAGCCGCUCGAGAGCAAAGGGCGCAAGAAAAGGCUCGCAAGGGGCAGUAG